GUAAGGAGCUGUAACUUGUGCUCAGCUACAGCUGUUGAGUGUCUACAACAGAGACACACUGUCAAGGGUUUGUGAACUGUUGUAUUACUUGUGUAUUAAAACACAGGAAUAUAACAGAUUGGUUACCAUCUUUCUCUUUUGAACUUCGUGACUUACGUCUAAAAAUCUAGUUUGUUGACUUUGUAAACUACACUCUCAGAAGUUGGCUCCCCAGUGCAUGGUGGCUUUGUCGGAUAUUUCCGCUUUGCUCCGGUGACCGAGGACGAGUAAGGUCCAAGAUGUCUGUGAGCAACCACGAAAAUAGGAAGUCCCGCUCUAGCUCGGGCUCCAUGAACAUCCAGCUUUUCCACAAGACAUCCCAUGCGGACAGUCUCCUGACUCAGCUCAACCUGCUGCGCAAGCGUAGAGUCUUCACUGACAUCGUCCUGAUGGCAGGAAACCGGAUCUUCCCAUGCCAUCGUGCUGUGCUGGCCUCCUGCAGCCGCUACUUCGAGGCCAUGUUCAGUGGAGGCCUGAGGGAGAGCCGCGACAAAGAGGUCAACUUCCACGAUUCACUGCAUCCUGAGGUGCUUGAGCUGCUGUUAGACUAUGCAUACUCCGCCCGUGUCAUUAUCAAUGAGGAGAACGCAGAGUCACUCUUGGAGGCGGGGGACAUGCUGCAGUUCCAUGACAUCCGAGACGCCUGCGCUGAGUUCCUAGAGAAGAACCUGGCACCGUCGAACUGCUUGGGCAUGAUGCUGCUGUCGGAUGCCCACCAGUGCCAACGGCUCUAUGAGCUCUCAUGGAGGAUGUGCCUGGCCAACUUUGCCAACCUCAACAGAACCGAAGACUUCUUGAGUCUUCCCAAAGACAAGGUCCAGGAGCUGGUAUUCAGUGAGGAGCUGGAGGUGGAGGAUGAGAGCCUGGUGUAUGAGGCAGUGAUCGACUGGGUGAAGGCAGACAUUGAGAGGAGGCACAGUGACCUGCCGGAGCUGCUGCGCUGCGUGCGUCUAGCCCUGCUUCCUGAAACAUACUUGCUGAAGAACGUGGCCUCUGAGGAACUGGUGAUGGGACACAAAGUGGGACGGGAGAUCGUGGAGGAUGCAGUGCGCUGUAAAAUGAGGAUCCUUCAGAACGAUGGCAUCGUGACAGGAUUCUGUGCCCGGCCCAGGAAGGUGAGCCAGGCUCUGCUCCUCCUAGGUGGCCAGACUUUCAUGUGUGACAAGGUGUACAUGAUCGACAACCAGACCAAGGAGAUCACCCCAAAAACGGACAUCCCUAGCCCCCGUAAGGAGUGCAGCGCCUGUGCCAUUGGCUGCAAGGUUUACGUAACUGGAGGUAGGGGCUCUGAGAACGGGGCCUCCAAAGACGUGUGGGUCUACGACACCCUGCAUGACGAGUGGUCUAAAGCGGCACCGAUGUUGGUGGCCAGAUUCGGACAUGGGACCGCUGAGCUCGACCAUAUCCUGUAUGUAGUUGGUGGACACACCUCUCUGGCUGGCUCCUUCCCAGCCUCUCCGUCAGUCUCUUUGAAACAGGUGGAGCAGUAUGACCCCCAGACCAACAAGUGGACCCUGGUAGCUCCUCUCAGAGAGGGGGUAAGCAAUGCUGCAGUUGUAGGGGCUAAAAACAAACUCUUUGCCUUUGGAGGCACCAGUGUCAAUCAAGAUAAGUUCCCCAAGGUACAGUGUUUUGACCCGGUCCAGAACAGGUGGACGGUGCCUGCUUUGUGCCCACAGCUCUGGCGCUAUACCGCUGCGGCCGUUGUCGGCAAUCACAUAGUAGUGAUCGGCGGGGACACAGAGUUCUCGGCUAGCUCGGCCUACCGCUUCAACAGUGAAACGUUCCAGUGGUCCAAGUUUGGCGACGUAACUGCCAAGAGGAUCAGCUGUCACGCAGUGGCGUCGGGGAACCGGCUUUAUGUGGUCGGAGGAUACUUCGGGGCUCAAAGGUGCAAGACCCUUGACUGUUAUGACCCCUCGACAGACUCAUGGGAUAGUGUGACCAGUGUUCCAUACUCCCUGAUCCCCACUGCUUUUGUCAGCACCUGGAAGUACCUCUCAGCAUAGACACCAUGGGAAGAAGACUUCACCAUUAAGACCAUUGAUCAGCAGUGAUGUCUGGAAUGCAGGCUUGUGUCUCCGUUCAGUGGCUGUGGAAUGCAGGGGGGGAGUGGGGUGAGGAGUGGAGAGGUUGUCAACUCUCCUUUCUCCUGGCACGCAGUCAGAAGAGAAUCACAUGCCCCCUGUGGCAGCGUGGCUAAAAGACCCAAGAUUAGGUGACAAGAAGAGAGUUGUCAUGGAGAUGAUGAUGUUUACCCUGCUGGGUCUUCUGGAACAUUCCAUGUAGUUUUUGGCUGGCCCUGAACUACACCAGAACACUUUACACAAGAGUACACAGGUAGAUGACUACAAAGCCAGAAAGGUAAGGGAUUUACUUUGUCACAGGGAAUGUCCGAACUCUGAAUUGUGGUCGUGGUAUUACACCAAGUUUGGCACGGAUAAAGAGGACAUGUUCGCUCUUACAGAGAAGGGCAUCACUCCUAUCAACGCGGCAUCUAGAACACUUUGUUACUAACAGUAAGUUACUAAACUAGUGACAGCUGGGCCUUGCCUUGGUUUAGUGUUGGGAGGGAGUUCAUUUUGGGAAGCGAAGUAUAUGAUUUUGUGCAUUGAAAAAUCUAUGUGUUUAUUUUUAGACUUGGACUCAAGCGUCCCUCAAUUUUGGUCAACUAAAUUUGUAUUUUAUUUUUAAAAUGCUCAGCAAGAAAUGAGACUCAUGACUGAAUAUACAUUUGGUGAAAUUGUGAUUUGUGUUUGAUGUUAAAUGUUUUUGUCUCAGGAUUUAUGAGCCUAUUUGCGUUAUGUAUUUGUCCAUGUUGCGAUCUCCUGUGUGUCUUCUCUUUUGUUUUGUCCCUGAAAGUGCUCUAAAAAGUAUGUAUGAUCAGUUCAAUGUUAAACUGAUCUCUAAAAGGGAUGUUUACCAAUUUUAUACUGCCUUAUUUUCACUCUGUGCUUAUAGGUUAUCUGCUGUUUUUUAUGUUUUGUUACAGAGAUAAUUGGUGGGUGAGUAUGAUGAUCUCUGUUAUACAAAAUAACAAAACACAUUUCUUUUUUAAUUUGCUUUGGGAGGAACAGUUAUGAGAGAGUGAAAAUCAGGCCACAUUUAAAACUCAUACCAGAGGACGCAACAAUACUUUGUCAAAUUCUGCAAUUGACAGGAUUUAUUCGGAUGACAGUUCAGUUUAAGUAACAGUUCAAAUAAUAUUGUAAUAUAUGUAGAUGCACUUCUCUAUUCACAUUUGCAACGUGAAUAGAAUCCCAGUGUCAGAGUUUGGCGAUAACAGAAACACAUCCACACACAGCAACUUGCAAACUCCAAAUGGAUAUCAGAAUUUGUCUCCACACUCUCCUUUACCAUAAUCCAAAAAAAUUAAGUGUGCUUACAUUUUAUAUCUAGCUAUAAAUGCAUUCCGGUAUUUUGGGUACAGGUUGUAAACCUGGUGCUGUCGAGCCAAACAUUUUCAGUUAUGUUGCCGAUAUGUCCCCCAUGUCAUCAAAACCACUUUCAAAUGUGGAAUUUGAUGCUGACUGAGGUAUGACCGUGAUUUAACGUAGAAUAUGCACCUAUAAAAAAAAAAAAAAUCCUGUCCAAACUAGGAUGUUUAUAGACAGUUUGAAACUAUCAAAAUAUGUCUAACAUUAGAUAGUGCGCUAAGAUCCGCUUCGCUUGUUAACAUAGUUCAGCCAGCCAGUCUAAGCUAGGUAACAUUAGUGGCUAAGCUGAUGUUGAUUUUUACGAGUUACCAAUAAAAGAAAAUAAAUAGCCAAUGCAGAUCUCAAUAAAAAAAUAUAUUAAUUUGAAUAGGACCUAUGAUGGUAUCUCUUGUAAAAGGGUCCCUUUUACCAUGUAUAAAAUCUAAUUAUAAGUUGUACACAAAUAAUACUCUGGCUGGUUUGGAAAAAUCUGUUUUGCACAUUUUUUAAGUAAGUUUGUAAAUUGUCGUAUUUUGCUCAUGCAAAUUUUUAGAACAUAAUUUUUUUUUCCUAUGUACAUAAUCCUAAACAAAUCUUUACAGCCAGAAAGGCCAAACCUGUGGAUGAAAUUAAAGUGACUGUAUGUUCAAUGUUUGAAUAGUUAUUUUCUACUAUUCCAUUCAAGGAUGUAGUUUGAUACUGUUCAAUAAAUUUAAUCUGCUCA